AAGUGUCAAGAUGGUAACCGUUCAUGAAGAAAAGAUAUUAGGAAUGCGUUGGCUUCCAAAGGAUGAUUAUUUUGCUUUUCAAGUCAAAAUAAAUUUUUCUCCGAAACGCAACAAAAUUCCAACAGGACCAGAUUUGACCGAAGAAAGCUUUGAUAAAGAAUUUCCAGAAAUUCUUACAAGGCGAAUGGUUCUUAGCCAAGCAGCGCGCAUUUAUGACCCUUUCGGGUUCAUAACACCGGUAACUCUAUCUGCUAAGAUCUUACUGAGAAAUCUGGUGUCACAACCUACUGAAGGUCGCACGGAAGCAACGUCAAUAAGAUGGGAUGAUCCAAUACCAGAUGGUUGCAAACAAGCAUGGAAACAGUUUUUCAAAGAAUUAUACAAGUUAAAGGAAACAACAUUUGCUCGGUGUCUGAGACCGGAGAAUGCUGUUGGUGAACCUAUACUGAUUAUUUUCUCUGAUGCAAGUAUUCAAGCAUACGGAGCUUGCGCGUAUGUACAAUGGAAACUGAAUACCGGUGAAUAUGAAACUCGCCUUAUUGCGGCCAAGCAAAGAAUAGCACCAACAAGACAACUCACUAUCCCCCGUCUUGAACUUUGUGGUGCAGUACUAGGGUGCCGACUGAGAAAAACAAUCCAGCAAGAAAUGAAUUUCAUUUACAAAACUGUUAUUCAUGUCGUGGAUUCUGCUAUCGUGAGGGCUCAAAUUCAAAAGGAAUCGUAUGGAUUUGGCUCGUUUGUCGCGACGAAAGUUGCAGAAAUUCAAAAUCACUCGGAACCAAAUGAAUGGUGGUGGAUAGCAACUGCUGACAACCCAGCGGACAUGUUGACCAGGCCCACCCGACCAUGUCAAAUCGGCCCGGAAUCUGUAUGGCAAAGAGGACCAGCUUUCCUGUCGCUACCUAUCGAGCAAUGGCCUAUCAGCCAGGCUCUGCAAGUGCAAGAACGGGAUUUACCUGAUCGUAUCGGGGUGCAUAUCGCUCAAGUGACAAACCUGUUCGAAAAUUAUGAUAUUGGAGACGUAGUGAAGCUCGAAAAUUUUAACGGCUACAUCAAGUUACUCAGAGUCACGGCACGCAUCAUUCGAGUCAAGAAGCAAAAGACGUUUGGAGCAACUUUGGAAUCUCCGACAGCUAUAGAGUUACUGGAAGCAGAAAUACAUUGGGUGAAGCAUGCCCAAAGAGAAUUGGUUACCACCGAUUGGGAAAACCGAUAUAAACGCUUGGGACCCAGUCUCAAUAGUGAUGGUUUGCUGGUUGUUGGCCAGCGGAUGAAGAAAUGGUUAAAGGAUGAUUGGAACCAAGAGUUGUUCAUCCUCCUACCUGCAAACCACCGGUUCACGGAACUCUAUAUACGAUAUAUACACGCGACGGACCAUGCCGGCAUAGAAGUUACAAUGGCUAAAGUUCAAAGAAAAUUUUGGGUACCAGGGGCACGAAGAGUCAUCAAACAAGUAAAAUACCAGUGCGUCACAUGCCGAAAGCUUGACAAAAAGUUACAAACGCAAAUGAUGGGAGAGCUGGGACCAGAGAGACUACAGUCGUCGCCUCCCUUUCAUCAUACAGCACUAGACCUUUUUGGGCCCUUUGUGAUCCGCGAUACGGUGAAGAAAAGGACGAAAACAAAAGCAUAUGGGAUCAUUUUCAAUUGCUUGGCGACAAGAGCAGUCUAUUUGGACUUGGUUGAUGGCUAUGGAACAAAUGACUUCCUUGUUACUUUCAGACGCUUUGUCACUAUUCGUGGAUUCCCAGCGACAAUUCAUUCAGACAGAGGAUCGCAGCUGACAGCCGCAAGCAAAGAACUGAGAGAGAUGACAAAAUCUCUACAUUGGGAAGACAUUUGUCAAUUCGGUGUAUCAGAGGGCGUGAAGUGGACAUUCAAUAGGUCAGCCGAUGCACCAUGGCAAAACGGAUGUAGUGAAGCCUUGAUACGAUUGGUCAAAAGAGCGCUAGUUUGUGCCGUUGGAGACAGCGUGUUAACGGCCGGAGAGCUACAAACUGCAUUAUUUGAAGCUGCCAAUUUGCUGAACCAAAGGCCCAUAGGACACAAACCUGGAGCCGACCCAAUGCUAGGUACCUAUCUGUGUCCUAAUGACCUACUGUUGGGACGAUCGGACAUAGCUGUUCCCCAGGGCAACUGGGAUGAGUCCAAAGGGUUCACCAAAAGGAUACGAACAAUACAGCAAAUAGUGACAGUGUUUUGGAAGAAAUGGCAGCGUGACUACUUUUCGACGUUAUUAGUACGACAGAGAUGGCAUGUUGCCAGAAGAAAUUUGAAGAUCGGAGACAUUGUGCUGAUCCAAGAUACAAAUGCUCUCAAAGGAAAUUGGAAAUUUGCAGAAGUAUUAGAAGUGCACGUCGAUCAAGAUGGCAAAGUCAGGAACGUCACUCUGCGAUACAAAAGCCAAGCACCUCCCCGAAAUGCUACCGAUGCAAGGAAGUACAAUGGCCAGCCCGAUGUCAUAGUCAAACGUUCUGUGCAUCGUCUUGUACUUCUACUUGAAUCACAUGAAGAUGACGAUGUCGAAUGAUGAUGACGAUGACGAUUCGUGGGGGGAGUGUAUUGCAAGAACUGCAAUAGCGAAAAGCGAAUGAAGAGUAUCGCACGAGAAUAUCAUGUUUGAAUUUUUACGCAAGAUUUGUCGUGACUUCUUGGUCCACAUAUUUUGAAUUUUGGCUGCAAUGAAGAUGAAAUUUGUUACAUAGCAAGAACUUUGAUCCGAAGACAAUUUGUUCUGUUUCUUACUUUGUGUUGAUACAAAUUCUACAUCACAUUGCA